AGAACUAUGGAUCAGAUUUUGCUUGAGUUGAAUUAUCUUAAGAACAUAACAAAAUAAUUAAACUCCAAACACAAAGAAAGUAAACAAUGAUGAAGAAACAAUGUUGUAUUUUCUACGUGAUGAUGAUGAAUGUGUUCGUCUUCAUACCCAUCCUGGUAUUGGGGCAAGGCAAUACAACAGAAACAACGCCAAGAGAACUAAGAAUCGCGAUCCCGGUGCGCGAGUUCAAGGAUUGGGUAAGUGUCGAACAUGAUCCCAAUACAGGAGAGCAGAUCAUCAGUGGGUUCGCUAUCGAAGUCUUUAAAGCUGUUGUAAAUAAAGGUCUUCUUUCCCCAAUUCCUUACAAAUUCAUCCCCUUUGUUAAGUCUGAUGGUGUCACCAUGAAUGGCACUUUCGAUGAUAUGCUUCGAGCCGUCUUCAAUCAGGAAUUCGACGGUGCGGUGGGGGAGAUAUCGAUUCUAUAUUAUAGAACGGAGUGGGUUGAUUUUACAUUACCAUACAUGGAUACUCAAAUAUCAAUGUUGAUUCGCCAAAAUCAACAGCCAUUUUCAAAGGGGGGAGGAAUUUCAUUAGCAUCAGCCACUAAGUAUGUUGUUGCUGCAACACUUUCCUUCAGCUUCAUUGUAGCAAUGGUUUUCUGGAUUUUGGAAUACAGAACUGACAAGCAUGCUUCACAAUUCACAAACACAAGCUCAUUAGCACAACCCCCUCGAUCUCUUGAUGACGAUUGGCGAAGAGACAUGUUGGGGUCAAUAACACAUACAAGGCUUGUGAUGAUACUAUUCUUCAUGGUAUUGUUAAUCCUAAUGGCUUGUUAUUCUGCGAGCCAGACAUCAUCCCUUACCUCACGAAGUCGGAGUGGCGGCUUCAACAACUUGAACCAAUUGAUAAGGAAGGGAUCAAAUGUGGGUUAUCGAGAAGGUUCAUUUAUCAAAAACCUUCUUAUCGAAAAAGGUUUUUCAGAAUCGAAGUUAAUAAUCCUUGAUUCCGAGGAACAAAUGGUGGAAAUGUUAACCAAAGGAACUGAAAAUGGUGGUGUUGAUUCUAUUGUUGCUGAUUCCCCUAAUCUAAGGCUUCUCCUUGCUAAGCAUUGCGACUCUUUUACCAUCGUCCCUUCCGUCAAUCUCCCCGCUGCUGGAUUUGGCUUUGCUCUACGCAAAGGUUCCGCUUUAGUAAAUGAGUUUUCAAAGGGAGUAUUAAGAGUGAUUGACAAUGGUGACUUGGGAAGGAUCCAAGAGAGGACAAUUGGAAGUUUUGAAGCGUGUGAAAAUGACCCGUACAAUUCGGGUUCAAACCAGCUUUUGGAUAGUGAUAGUUUAUGGAUCUUGAUUGCCGGUGGUAUUAGUGUGUUCAUCCUCAUGGUUAUCAUCUUUGUACUCUAUUGCGGAUUCAGACACAAGGGUACUAAUAAGAAGAACAAAUCCGUUGCCUAUCCGUGUUACUUACUCCCAUGUUGUUAGCUUGCUAGUCUUGAACAAAUUAUAAGUUCAAGUGGUAACUUAUGUAUAUAUAUAAUUAUAAGUUUAAGCCGUGUUAAAUUUUUAUGAAUGUCAUCCGCAUUUAGACUUCUUUAAGUACUUCAACUAGGAUAAUGAUUGAUUUGUAAGGGUUUGAUUUCGAGUUAUUGCUCACUUGGCCGGUGGAGUGACUAUGUACGUUGUGCCGUGUCAAAUUCUAUUUACGGACUAUGGAUAAAAAGUACAUAUGUGGAUGAGUGUAUAUAUAGACUAAUUCUUGGUCAUCCUAUUUGCUAGAAAAAAUAAAUAAUAUCUUUGUCAUCCUUAAA